AUGAAACAAAAGGGCCUGACGCGGCUGCGCUGGUACUGCCAAAUCUGCGAAAAGGCAUGUCGCGACGAGAACGCCUUCAAAAUGCACUGCCAGUCUGAGUCCCACAUGCGGCGCGCGCUCGAUGCCGGGCAAAACUUCAAAGGCGUACAGGAGGAAUACAGCAAAGAAUUUCUGACGGAGUUCAUGUCGCUGCUCAAGACAGCGCACGGGGAGAAGAGCAUCCACGCGAACAAGUUUUACCAGGAGGUCAUUUCGCGCCGCGACCACAUCCAUUUGAACUCAACCAAGUGGCAUUCCCUGACGGACUUUGUCAAAUACAUCUCGCGGGAGGGGAUUGUUAGGGCGGAGGAGAAGGAGGACGGGAUAUUCAUUGCGUGGAUCGACGACUCGCCCGAGGCGAUGAAGCGGAGGGAGGCAGUGCGUCGGAAGGAGAUGCAGGAUAAGGGGGACGAGGAGCGCGAGCAGAUGUUGCUGCGAGAACAAAUAAAACGAGCCCAGAAGGCCGCCGAGGCUAAAGGGGACGGGCAAGGGGAAGAGGAGGAAGCAAGGGAGCUGAAACGGGAGGAAGGGGAAAAGAUCAAGUUGAACUUUGGGGCGAAACCAGCGGUCAAGUCUCCUACACCUGCGGGCGCGACACCCCCGUUUAAAGAGAACGACAAUGCUUCCGAAGCUGCAGACGGGACAAGUAAUGGGGAACCUAAAAAAGAGGAGGUAAAACCGGUGGAGGCAGCAGCAGUCAAACCGGUGUCGCUCAAGUUCGGCGUGAAGCCACAACAGAAGAAUGUCUUCAAAAAUGCCUUUGCUGGCGCUCCGAAGAAGGUUAUGGCCGCGCAGCCGAAGAAGGUAAGCGAGGCCGAAAGGAUAAUGAAGGAGGAAAUGGAGCGUAAGAGGUCACGGGAGGCCGGAAGCGGCGGUCCCCCCAACAAGAGGCCGCGGUUCUAG